AUAAAUCCGGAGAAAAAGGGAUCGUCGCUCGCUGUCGUCCGUUCGGUCCGGGUGAGGAAGGUUGGUUCGCGUCCGGUUUCUGUAUUUCUGUAGUAGAGAAUGAGACUUUUUUUUGCAAAGUUUAGCAAAAUAAUUCAAAAAACAAAAACGCUCGGCUAAAAACUUGCCGUGUUCAGAUUUGUGAUGAAUCGUAAAGAAGUGCGAUGAUGAGUCAUUAGCGAGAAAACAAGGCUGCAAUCAAGAAGAUCUCUCAUUAGCAGCCUUCCGACGACGAAUCUGCGAACAAUCAUCAUCAUACUCUUUAAACUUCCAAGUGACAACGUAAAUAAGAGUGCAAAAAACAAAGCGGACAUUUUGGGAACAAGUGACAGUGCCAAGUUGUUUCCAGAACCAACAAAAAAUGAUUUCAGAUGGAUUGUGUUCUUGAAAUUGUAUGAGUGCGUACAACGAACAGUAUUCGUUGGAUGAAGAGCGUCCGAGAAUAAUCAGACAUACGAAAAGAGAAACCAGGAGAUCGUAAAGACGGGCGUGCACAUAAUCAACAUCAUCGUCGUCAUCUUAAGAGAACUUGAAAAAAAUAGCAGCUAUUCCAAUAAGUAAAACAACAAUCACACAGCAGCGGGUGCCUGCGGUGGCAACGGCAGCAGCAGUUGUUGAGUUGUGAAGAAAAGUUCUUUAUCCUGCUGCCGGGUGUUUCCAGAUCUGACAAGGUGGUGUAUGCUGUAGCAGCAAUACAUCGAUUAGCAGCAACAAGCUGAUUGCUAUUUCCAGUCGACGUAAGACGAACGUCGAAACCCUUUUACAACAGCAGCAGAAGUAGCUAGUCACAACAAAAAAUGACGGAAUACAAACUUGUGGUGGUCGGUGCUGGAGGCGUAGGCAAAUCGGCGCUUACGAUACAACUCAUCCAGAAUCAUUUUGUGGAUGAAUAUGAUCCCACGAUCGAAGAUUCGUACCGAAAACAGGUGGUAAUUGAUGGCGAAACGUGUUUAUUAGAUAUUCUAGAUACAGCAGGGCAAGAAGAAUACUCCGCGAUGCGAGAUCAAUACAUGAGGACUGGCGAAGGCUUUCUGCUUGUUUUUGCUGUCAACAGUGCCAAAAGUUUCGAAGAUAUAGGAACUUAUCGUGAGCAAAUCAAGCGCGUCAAAGAUGCAGAAGAAGUACCAAUGGUUCUAGUCGGAAAUAAAUGCGACUUGCAGGCGUGGGCCGUCGACAUGAACCAAGCUAGAGAUGUGGCCAAGCAGUACGGUGUACCGUUUGUUGAAACGUCCGCCAAGACGCGAAUGGGAGUUGAUGAUGCCUUCUACACCCUCGUUCGUGAGAUCCGCAAGGACAAAGAAAGAGGGAAGAAAAACCGGAAGCACAAUAAACUCGGUUCUAGUCGCCGAUUCAAGUGUCGAUUGUUGUAAGUUUGUAUAAAAAAACGAACGCUGCCCGUAUUUUCAUUGUCGUCUAUUAGGGUGGUUGUACCGGUGAUAGUGGUGUACCAGCAAUAAUGAAAGUCUGACUGUGGUUGGCUUUGAAUAAUUCGUUUCGGGGAUAUAUUCUACAGGGUAACAACGAUAGGAUGAUGCACUAGAAAUAAUGAUUAAAACUUGAACUAGUAAAGUAGUAGCUGAUUUGAGUAGUUUGCAACUGUUUUUUGAUGUGGUUCUCAUUUGUGUCUCGGAGCUUCUGAGUUGCGCACGCAUCUCAGUAUCCUGUAUUUCAUUCGAAAUCAAAAUCAUUUGGAUUUCUAAUUUCUUAGAAAAUUGACGGAUUGUUUCUUGCAUUUCAACUAUUAACAUUUUAUAUCUUUGAAGAGGAAAUAGAGUAACGGCCAGUAUUACAGGAAUAAGAACUAUCUGAUACAAGAAUGAAAAAAAAAAACAAUGCUUUUAUCGUUUUUACCCAGUAAUUUCAGAGACAUCUAAUUCUUAUUUCUGCGAUCCAAUAGCCCAAUUCUUGUGUCCUUCAAAGAUAUAACAUGUUGAAAGUUUAGUCGUGAGAAAUAAACCGUUUAUAUUUAAAAAAAAUAGGAUUUAGAUUUUGGAUAACAUACAGCAGCGUGCGGACUUUCGAUUUUUUAAAAUUUCUGAUUGCAAGCUACUCAAAUUGACAUAGUUACAAUAGAACUUCCAAAUGUAUCAAAUUUAAGAGUAAGAAAGGUGUUCCAAUUCAGGGUUUUAAACUUAUUUUUGUCAAAUUCAAAGUUUGUCAUUUUAUCGAUGGCACCCUGUUUAUAGCACAGCACUAUCUCAUAAUAGGCGAAUGGGCGAAACGAGUUUUCCGGGAAAAUAUUGAAAGACAAACUUAUACUCUCAACUGUAUGACUGCCUUGUACCAAUCAUAUUGGCACUUGUAAUAGUGAAUAUCAAUAGAAUCCAAUGAUAUGCACUGUUAUAGGAGCAGAUGUUAGCUAGUUUCACUACGACUGGCACUAUUUCUUCCAUAAAGUCCAGAAGGAAGACUAGCUGCCGAUGUAAUUAGAUUACAAAACAUGUAUUGCUAUCUGUUUUGACUUGGACCUUAUCAGAUGUACAUUAGAAUUAAAUUACUUGUCCUUCGUUAGAUAUAAUUUUUACUUGGACCUGUCACUAUUACCACUAUUACCGAUACAUCGACCCUAACUUUGUCUACGCAUGGGAAAGUAUUUGUUAUCCCUUCAACGACCGCACAACAACACAAGAACUUGUGUUGCUAAACGAUUCUGUUCUGUGUCUACGAUCUGCUUAAAUUACAAGCAUUACUACGAAAUAUAUAACUUCUACAUCCGCUGUGUGUAGGGUUAAAUAUUGUUAUAACAAACUUACCUGAAGUCUUGUUAAUACACUUGAGAUAGAUUGGAUUUUAGGAUCGAAACGAUUGACCCCAGCGCUGAAUAAGAAACGUGCCAGAAUCCAAAACACCACUAUGUCAUAUUUAUGUCAUUUAUUUGUGUUUUCAGCUGUUUAGGUACUGAUCUCAAUCAAUCACAAACAAGCGCGUUAUAUUAGUAUAGGAAGCAAAGCUAUAACAACUAUAUUUUUGCUAGCCGCAAAUGAUAAAAAGGUUGCAUAAGAUAAGAAAGGUAUAACCAGCGGUACAACGUAGCGUGCGGUUAGCUAGGUUGGCCCCCGCCAAGGGCGUCGGUCUUGAGGGGGCGCUGAAAUCAAGAAUUACGCUAUAAGAAAUAGGCAAAUUUAAUUAGUUUAAGGCCAUUUAAUAACUCAACUGACUAUGAGUUGGUCCAAUGGUAGAUAUAUGUUGAUUAAACAAAAAAAUAUUGCUUUAUUUCCACAUCAAUAUGUUAUGGAUUGGUUUUAGUCUUGACUGCUAUAUUCAGAUUUUUUAGAAACUUCCUAAGUCGGUCAGUUGAAUAAGGAAAAGUCCAAAAAUAUCAUAUUGAAAAAGGUAUUUGGAAAUCAUGGACUUUAAUACCAACAAUGCGUGCAUCGUAUUCUUUUAAAUUUUAGCACAGAUAACAGAUAUUUAAGCUAGAACAAAUUUUAUUGGAAAUCUUGUGUAAACUUUUGAAAUGAUAUACGUUGACUCACUACUGCCAUCUACUCAACUGAUUGCAGAAGUACAUAUGGACGCAACUGAUAAGUUACCGUCGAACGAAGCCAAUACGUGUGACAUUUAUAUUUAGGCUGCAUUUUACACAGUAAUGAUCAUCGCGCCAUCUCCAAACGAUUGCCAAACGUGUUGGAAAGUUGGAUGCAUUUGAAUCAACGGUUGCGGUUAUUUACGCACGUAUGGUAUACCAGCCUGAAUAUCUGUUAUCUGUGAUUUUAGCCAUUAUUUGGGCCACCGAGAGACGUCCAGAACCGAAAUGUUUCAAUAGCAGGGGGGUCAAUUUACACUCAAAUUCAUUGGUUUGAAUUUAUUCAAUUUUUUUCUAGUGGAUUUCUUUAGGAUUACAUCUUUAAAGGAUUACAAUAAACCGAACACCAAAAAUUUAGAAAUGAUUUUUGGUCUAACACCUGGGAGUAGAGGGUUUUGUGUAGUUUCCAAAUUUCCGGUUCUUUCGUGUUUUUUCUUCUAAUAUUCAAAUCUUGAUUGGCCCUGAGGUAGACGGCGAUUUCCGACCAUUGACUACUAAACCCACAGGCUUCGGAAUUCUCACUCAAAUGAAUAAAAACCUAGAAUUAAUCCCUUUAGCGGAGUGUGAUUUUUCAUGUUCCCCUGUGAGAAAGUAUUCUCACACAACAUUUUUAUCCGGAUAGAAUGACGGGUGAUAAGUUCGUGAGUGCCAGCUCGCCUGAUAAUUUAAUUUUGAUCCACCCAAUUUUUUCCUUCUCGUCGCUUCCUUCAGAUAAAUUUUACAAGCAUAUUUACAAAGAUUAAGGCCCGAUACGGGAUUCGAACCCAAAACAAUUUUAAAAUGUUUAAAACGCCCACUAUAACCACGCCACCACAUAAACUGAUUGAAAAUAGAAAGAAAAACUGCUAAAUUGAACUUCCUACUUAUCGUGGUGCAUCGUCAGAUUCAAUCAGUUUGGAGAGGCAAAGUAAGCAGCAUUUAAUUUUCGCGAAACAUGGGAAGAGGAAUAACAAUUUUUCGCACCAUCGCUUGUGCCGGAGUUUAUCGCAUUGUAAUUUAUCCGGAUAAAAUGUAUGGUGGAGCGAUCUGUUGUCGCGUGAGUGAGUGAGAAAUCCGAAGCCUGCUAACCCACUACAGAGUUAAAUAUUUUGAUUAACCGAACUAUGUGCAGGAAGUGCUUCCAAACCAGCCACAGAUUCAGUCUAGAGUUGAAUUUUUCUUGAUCCAAGUAGAUCCGUUGGUGAUUUUAACCACCAACCAAUCCAAUCACUACAGAUUUGAACAUCGAUCAACCAAACACAACCAACUCAUCGAAAGACCCACUUUAAAGUUGUAUUAUUUAUCCGAAUAGGUCCAAUGGAAAUUCCGGCCUUUAACCACAAUCCAAAAUAUGUUUUUUCCCUGAUUCGACUAGAUUCGAUAGCAAUUCUUAUCAUCGAUCAUCUCACACAAGAAUAGGAAUUUUAUUAACCCAACGAGGUCCAGUAGUGGUUUCAAACCACCAUCAGACCCACUCCAGAAUUGGAUUUUCCUUGAUCCGAAUAGGGCCCGAUAACGAUUCCGAUCAUCGAUCGUCGCAUUUCAGCGUUGGAUUUUAUUGACUCUGCUAGACCUAGCAGUGCGUAGGCUCUGAAAAAAAACCUUCUGAACUUCUGACACGGCUCUGGAAUGUCCCUUACAUAAUUUGUCAAAUAGAAAAAAAAACAUCACCAAAUUGAAAAAAAAAUCAGGAGGAUUUUGCGCAACCAACAUGAACGUUCAGGAGCAAGGUUCUUGUACUCUUCGGAUUAUUGAAUGACAUUUAAAGCAUCUAACCUUACUUUUUUAGAUGAGAUUCAAUUUGUUAUCUAAAUGUUAAAUUUUUGCAUUUUUAUUUUCUUUUGUAAGGAUAUCGCCAAGAAGGCUGGUAGUCCGAUACGGCUCUGGGUACAACAAUUAAAUUUUAAUCUCAGGGACUUCUGCUAUUUGACAACCUAAAUUAUUUUUCAUAAAUAUUCAAAAACCCCGCAUUAGUUCCCUUGAAGGUUCUGGAAUAUCCUCCGAUUUCAUGGAUAGUUCUUAAAAUUACAGGCAAGUCUUUAGAGCCUGUUUUCAUUUUCAAAGUCUUAAACAAGAUAUAAGAAGAUGCGUCAUUUGUUGAGUAUGUUCAAGAAAUGUACAUUUUGUGAAAAUUAUUUAGUUGUCUGUUAUAUGUGGUAACGUUCCUUUUCGCCACUAUCUUUUGUGUCGAUGGGUUGCAGUCUACGACUUUAUGGCAAACCUGAAAAAGUUACAAUACCCAGAUUGAAUAUUUAUGUUUAUUCUCUUCUGCUACGAUCAUAUUGUAUACUAAUAUACUAAUUAUGGCUGCUAGCAGUUCCUAUUUCUAGAGAGUUCAAUUUGCGUGUCAUGUCAUGCGUACAUAUUUUAUAUAUGCAUAGCAUUUUUCAUGCACAGCAUAUUUGAGGAAUUAAUUGCAAUGAUACAUAUUAAGGCCUUUCUUGAUCAAAAUGCUUGUUAGUUUUAUGUGUGGCAGUACUUUGCAUACACAGUACACCAUUACAUAUUUGAAUUGUGAAAUGUGCGAUUUUUUUUACGACAUGAAUACAUUGUAACGUGUAAAAUGUCUCAAAUAAACAAACAACACAACAACCAUUACAGGUAUUACGGUUAUGCGUAAAUAAGUAUACUUAUAUGUACUCAGUAUACCUGUCAAAUAAAGAGGGAAAACAAUAAUUGAUCAAUCUAUAUUAACAUUGAGAACCAGUUCUUCUAAUAGUGUAUUAUCUUUGAAGGAAUAUUCGCCUACAUUACUAGUAUCUCCAACAUUCAAUUUGAUUAGUCUCAAACCCAGCCCUAUUACUGAAAUUCAGGAAACAUCGAUAUUAAUUUGUUGGUUUAAUCAGUUAACAAUCCAAUACGAACUGAGCAGAUAAUUUGCACUGCACAAUCUGCAUAAACCGCAUUGAAAACUAAGCAGCGAGUAACUAGAGUAAGGUAGCAGGAUUGAUCUAGAAGUAAUCGCCGAUAUAUAUAUUGUAAAAAUUUCAAAAAUGGUUAUACAGACAUGCGUCAUUGGUAAUUAGCUGUAUGUACCCGGCUUGGCUCGGAAGAACUAGUUUGAUUUUGCCAUCUAUGUAUUGAAAACAAAACAAAAUAGUAUGUCUCAACAUGUGUUGGAAAUAAAAAUACAGUUUUAUUUCAACACAUGAAGGCUGGGUCUCGUUUCCUGAAUUAAGCUCAAACUAAACUUAAAAUUAACAGUUUUGUAAUUACCGAAUAACCCUGCACACAAUGCAAGAUUACCAUUGAAAGACAUCGAAUCGUUUUUGAUAGAUGUUUUAUUUGUCUUAUUGGUAACCACAGCGAUUCGCGAAGUCGAAGCAAAAUUCUUCACACAACCAAUGACAGUUCUUUAUGGGUUUUUACAGUAGAGCAACAGAGAGGCGGAGAAAGCGACCAUGUUUCACUCAAACUCUGACAGAUAGCAAUGGGGUUCCCCAUAGGAGGGAAGAGCAGGAUUUGCUUCGACUUCGCGAAUUCUCACGACCAAGUUUUUUUUAACUAUCACUUUCAAGUUUAACCCUUUACUUCCCAUGGUAGCUGUAGUAAAGCCCCAUCAAUUGCACCUUCCAACUUUCAUCAAAUUGUUUCAACGAUAAUCAAUAUUUUGCUUAUCUUUGUAAUUUUAUCAAGCUGCUUACAUAAAAAAAUGCGUAAGUGAAAAUAGUGAAACUAUUUUAAACAAUUGAUUUACAAUCAAAAACUUUCUUUUAGUUUUCAACUAAUUUCAGCUAUGUAUGUCAGAAAACUUUUGUUCUAGCAUUUUUCCCAAAGGUUAUUCCUUCCUAUUCCUUUGUGGGGAAAAUGGUUUAUUUGAGCUCAAUUGAGGGAAUGACACCCAGUACUAAAAACAAAAAAGAGAUCUCACGAAGAAAAAUAUCUCUUUAUUGUAAAAAAAAUAGGAACGAAAGGCAAGAAUUGCAGUAUAAAAAUACAUUAGUUAUCAGUUUAAAAAAUACGAAACUUCUUUGUGGUAUGCAAGUUUUUAGAUAUGCUAAAAAGCACAAUUUUUCAAAGUCCGUAAGUUUGAAAAAGAUGAAUUAUUCUUUGUUUACUUUUCAUUUCGCUAAGAAAUCUGCGGCUAUUUGGCCUUCGCCACUCAAUUCGAUGAAACCAAUAGUACAGCUUCGUAGUACAUAAUCGAAAGGAAAUAUUCAAAAAUCUCUUGUUUGCAUUACGACGUUUUCAGAAAUCAUACAAGAAAAUGUAUUCCAAACUUGGUUAAAAUAGGUCAAAAGGUUCAGGAAUUGUGCUGGAACAUAUGCACAUAUAAACUCACCGCCUAAGUACCAUUUAAAUUAUAUGCUUAGGGAAGAUCCAUUAUUUACGUAAUGCAAAAAAUACCAUUUCCAAUUCCUCCCUCUUUCUCCCUUAUGUAUGGAGCAUCUGAAAAUUUUAUAUGGACCGUCUCGUCACACUUGAGGUCCACCCACUAAGCGUUACGUAAUUUAUGGAUAUCCCCUUAUGAGAUUUAGAAUAUUAUGAUAAAAUAAAGAACAGAGUCCUUUUAAAAUUAUUUAGUUAAAUCCUUUUAAGUAGCGUAAAGAAGAAGAAUACAGUGAAUGCUUACGCAUUAGUGGUUUAUCAGAGUGCAACAAAAAAAACUAGGUUCAUUUUUCUAGUAGUGAACAAGUGUGUGCUCAAACAAAUUUUCAGUGCGCUUAAGAAAGAUAGCCUACUAAUGAAUAAGAUAUUCAUUGCUAAUGACCCGAAUGUAGAAAAAUAUUGAAUAAAUAAAAUUUAUGAAACGUAUGUAAUCUAA